CUUCGUGUCGCGCAGAGGCUGUGAUCAGACGGGGCGCACGCAGUGUGAGCGGUCAUGGCAGCCACCAGUAACAAGUCCGUGCUGUUUGUCUGCCUGGGAAACAUUUGUCGUUCGCCCAUAGCUGAAGCUGUUUUCCGGAAGCUGGUUACUGAUGAAGGCUUGUCAAACCAGUGGUCGAUAGACAGCGCUGCUACUUCUGACUGGAACGUGGGUUGCUCCCCAGAUUCAAGGGCCCUAAACUGCUUAAAAACUCAUGCUACCGAAACGACUCAUAGAGCAAGACAGAUUACUAGAGAUGACUUCCUCUCCUAUGACUACAUACUGUGUAUGGAUGAAAGUAAUUUAAGAGACCUGAAAAAAAAAUGUAGUCAAGUUCAAAACUGCAAAGCUAAAAUCGAACUCCUUGGAAGCUAUGACCCUCAAAAACGACUCAUUAUUGAGGAUCCCUAUUAUGGAAGUGAUGACGAUUUUGAGACAGUCUACCAACAGUGUGUCAGAUGCUGUAAAUCAUUUUUGGAGAAAUGCUCCUAGUAUUCCCUUAAAAGUACUUGAAAAAUGAAUGAAAUGAUAUGUGAUUGCUAUAUCUGUUGUACACCUUUUUUAGUGUCUCAUUUUACCAUGGAUUAAAGUCUUCUUUACAAACUAUGUGUAAAUAUUUUGAGUCAUGCCGUGAUGCUCUCCAUAAUGUUAAAUAAAUGCACAAUUAUUGUUUUCCACGGGGAAUUCACUUCAACAGUAUCUUUCAUGUAACAGAAAAAUAAAGAAGUUUUAAUUUAGCAAA